GCUCAUGGUGAAUGAUGUCAGAAGAAGGCGACAAGAAAUGUUGUAGUGACAGCUAUUGGGAGAGGAAAGGUCGUUCUCAGGCAUGGAUAGAGCAGCAGGGCUCCGGAUUAGACAGCUGUGCUCCGGCCUCCAGAGAGCAGGUGUGAAGCAACAAUGCUGCUUAUCGGUGUGCGCUGUGCCAGCCAGACAGUGCAGCUCAGUAGGCUCCACAGAUGACGGAGAUAGAGCACUGCUGGAUCGUGUAAUAAGAGUGGAUCACGCUGGGGAAUAUGGAGCGAAUCGCAUCUAUGCUGGGCAAAUGGCCGUAUUGGGCAGAUCGUCUGUAGGACCCAUCAUUCAGCAUAUGUGGAACCAGGAGAAAGAUCAUUUAAAAAAGUUUGAUGAACUAAUGGUUGCAAACAGGGUCCGGCCUACCAUACUGCUGCCGUUCUGGAAUGUGGCUGGAUUUGUAUUAGGUGCUGGUACGGCUCUGCUGGGAAAGAAUGGCGCAAUGGCAUGUACAGUGGCGGUAGAAGAGACCAUAUCAGACCACUAUAACAGUCAAAUCCGAACUCUUAUGGAAAGGGAUCCUGAAAAGCACAAGGAAUUACUGCAGACAAUAAAGAAGUUUCGGGAUGAAGAAAUGGAACAUCAUGAUACCGGACUGGAACAUGACGCAGAACUGGCUCCAGCUUAUUCGGUGCUGAAGACUGUUAUACAAGCCGGAUGCCGAGCAGCUGUCUAUUUAUCUGAACGUGUCUAAGAAAAGGAGUUUCGGAGAGAAUUUAAGCAUAUUCCUUUCUUCUGCAAUGAAGCUGUUUUUACACAAUGCAUUAUUGUGGUUAGGCAGCUGCCUUAUGCUUUAGCAAGUAAUGCUUUUUGCAGUUUUAUAAGUGGCCACUAGGUGGCAGUGUAUGUAAUUUAAGCUGAAAGCUUACAUAAAAAUAUAUUUACAGAACCAAGUGAAGUUUUUAUUUGGCCUAAAUGUGAACAUUUCUUAUUGCGUUCUUCACUGGACACUUUAAAUGUCACUACAACCAAACAAUAUACUGUAGGUAAUAAAAACUGCUCAUUCUAUUAUUCUCCUAUCUUGUAUUGCUGAAAUUGUCAGAAGGGUAGAACUAUGAAUUGGUCAAUAAAUUGUAAUUAUUUUUCUACAUUGAA